AUGGCUCGCACCAAGCAGACAGCCCGCAAGUCCACCGGUGGCAAGGCGCCCCGCAAGCAGCUGGCCACCAAGGCCGCUCGCAAGUCCGCACCCGCCACCGGAGGUGUCAAGAAGCCUCACAGAUACCGCCCUGGAACCGUGGCUCUGCGUGAGAUCCGCAAGUACCAGAAGAGCACGGAGCUGCUGAUCCGCAAGCUGCCCUUCCAGCGCCUGGUGCGUGAGAUCGCCCAGGACUUCAAGACCGACCUGCGCUUCCAGAGCAGCGCAGUGCUGGCCCUGCAGGAGGCUGCUGAGGCCUACCUGGUGGGCCUGUUCGAGGACACCAACCUGGCCGCCAUCCACGCCAAGCGUGUGACCAUCAUGCCCAAGGACAUUCAGCUGGCCCGCCGCAUCCGUGGCGAGCGCGCUUAG